AUGGCCGAAAACGAGAUAUACAGAGCCAGCACGUAUGCGCCUGUCAAUAUCGCCGUAAUCAAAUACUGGGGCAAGCGCGACAGCAAGCUCAAUCUCCCUUCGAAUGCCUCAUUAUCUGUGACCCUCUCCCAAGACGACCUCCGUACCCAUACCACCGCCAGCUGCAGCAAAGAAGUACCCGAAGACAGCCUCACCCUGAACAAUGCCUCGCAAGACAUUUCUGGCGCGAGAACACAGGCAUGCCUACGCGAGUUGCGGGCACUGCGGCAAGAGAUGGAAGAUAAGGAUCCCUCACUACCAAAGCUUGCUGCUAUGAAGCUGAAGAUUGUCAGCGAGAACAACUUCCCCACCGCAGCUGGUCUCGCUUCUUCGGCAGCUGGGUUCGCAGCGCUGGUCAGAGCAAUCGCAAACCUCUAUCAGCUGUCUGUAUCACCCACGGAUCUCUCGAGGAUAGCAAGGCAAGGUUCUGGCAGCGCAUGUCGGAGCGUCCUAGGCGGAUACGUGGCAUGGCAGAAAGGAGAGAAGCCAGACGGCAGUGACAGUGUAGCAUACGAGGUCUCGCCUGCCUCGCACUGGCCAGAUAUGCGCGCGAUCAUACUUGUUGCCUCUGCAGAGAAGAAGGACGUGAGCAGCACCGCAGGCAUGCAGCAGACUGUGGCUUCGUCAGCCCUCUUCCAACACCGCGCCGAUGAGGUUGUGCCGAAACGCAUGAAAGCAAUGGAGAAGGCUAUCCACAACCGUGACUUCGAGUCCUUCGCCGUCUUGACCAUGAAGGACAGCAACAACUUCCACGCAUGCUGUCUGGACACUCAGCCGCCGAUCUUUUACAUGAACGACACCUCCAAGGCCGCAAUCCGCAUGUGUGAGGCGAUCAACAGCACCCAGCCAGAUGAGAAGCCCAUCUGCGCGUACACAUUCGAUGCUGGUCCUAACGCUGUUGUAUACUACCUUGCUGAGCAUGAGGAUCUUGUCGCGGGCACUUUCAAGGCUAUCGUCGGUGACAAGACUGGCUGGGAAGGCAAUAGGGGCCAGAACAUCAAAGUGAGGAGUGAAACUCUGGAAGGAACGCAAGCUGCCGCGGACCUCUUAAAGUCUGGUGUCAGCAGAGUCAUCUUGACCAGUGUCGGCGAUGGGCCAAGGAAGACCGAGGAGCAUCUCUGCUAG